UGGGCCACUCAGACGCUCCUCCAGGGAAAGACCAGUCACACAGACGAAACACACGAACAGAAGGCGAGACAGGCAGACAGAGAAAAGGAUCCCGCAGAAGGACAGAAACGGACGGAGAGAAAAACAAGACAGAUAAUUACGCACUCAACCUGUUCAACAUGACACUGCGUGAGGAGUUGCGUAGUCGUGAGUUCUGGCGUGCCAUGCUGGCCGAGCUGCUGGGUUCCCUGGUGUUUGUGAGUGCUGUUCUGGGGGCCUCUGUGCCGGGCCCUGGAGAGGCCUCCACGGGGCCCCUCUACCCAGCCCUGGCUGCAGGCAUGGUGGCUGUUGCCCUGGGACACUGUUUUGGAGAGAUCAGCGGAGCCCAGGUGAACCCAGCAGUUACCCUGUCUCUGUUGGCCACGCGGAGGCUGGACCUGGUGAGGGCCCUGGUGUACGUGGGAGCCCAGUGUCUGGGGGCUUCCCUGGGGGCCGGGGCUCUCUAUUUCGCCCUGCCCCUCAAAACCAACGCAGACUGCUUCGUCAGCAGGGUUCCUCUCGAGGUGAACGCGGCCCAGGCUCUAGGGAUGGAGCUUCUGGCAACGUUCCAGCUGGUCUUCACUGUGUUCUCUGUGGAGGACCACCGUCGGAGGGAGAACACAGAACCAGGGAACCUGGCCAUCGGCUUCUCUCUCAGCGCAGGCGUGCUCAUCGGGGGUCGGUUCUCUGGAGGCAGUAUGAACCCGGCACGUUCCCUGGGUCCAGCCAUCAUCACUGGCUUCUGGGAAAACCACUGGGUGUACUGGAUUGGACCGGUGCUGGGUGCAGUGCUGGCCGGGGUGUCCCAUGAGUUCUUCUUUGCCCCCAGUGCAUCGAGGCAGAAGCUGGUUGCGUGUCUGACCUGUAAGGACAUAGAGAUGGUGGAGGCAACCAGCGUAUCCCGGUCCUCCCUGUCCACCGUCACCCAGACCGCCAUGAGGGCUAAGCAGGUCAACAAACAGGAGCAAAACUAGAAAGGGACACAUCAUGCUACACAACAAUAUAUAGUGGGGUCUGAAAUUAUUGACACCCUUGAUAAAGAUGAGCAAUAAUAACAGUAUAAAAUAAAUUAUU